CGGGGCCGCGGGUUGGCUGCCCCGGCUCGGCCCGGCCCGGCCCGGCUCGGCUCGGUCCCCGCGCCCGGCAGCCGCGCCCCCGGCCCGAAAUAGCGCGGGGCGGGGCCGGCUCCGCCAUGGCGAGGCAACCCGCAAAGACACUGUGGUACGACCGCCCGCGGUACGUGUACCUGGAGUUCUGUGUCGAGGACAGCACGGACGUGAAGGUCGUCAUCGAAGACCAUCGGCUGGAGUUCAGUUGCAAAAAUGCAGACGGUGUGGAGUUCUACAAUGAGAUCAACCUGUACGCCAGGGUCAACUCCAAGGACUCACGGGAGAAGCGCUCUGACCGCUCCAUCACGUGCUUUAUGAGGAAGUGGAAGGAGAAAGUGGCCUGGCCGCGCAUCACCAAGGAGAACAUCAAGCCAGCCUGGCUCUCUGUGGACUUUGACAACUGGCGAGACUGGGAAGGGGAUGAGGAGGUGGAGAGGGCCAUGGUGGAACAGUAUGCAGAGAUGCUGGAGAAGGUAACAGACAAAGGCCCCCCGCCAGCCAUGGAUGACCUUGAUGAUGACUGAGGCCCAGGCCCCAGGGCCCGCCGUGGCCGCAGGAGGCCCAGCCGGUGCAGCGGUCGCACGCACCGAGGAGCAGCGCGGGCAGCGAUCUCCGAGGAAGCGGUGCCGCCUCAGCCCGUGCUGCGCCGCGGGCAGCGCUCCGGACGCUGGGCGGCGGACACGGUCCGGUCUGCCGUAGCCGGUUACCCUCGCGGGGCACGGGGCAAUAAACGUGAACUGCCGCA